ACAGAGAUGUCAGCGUAUGAAAAUGUUGUUGGUGGAAAAUUGAAGCUCAAAGGAAAGGCACUUGAUGUGAAGGCUGGCGGAGUGAAGAAGAAGAAAAAGAAGAACAAAAGAGAUCAUGAGAAUCAGAUUUUGCAGACUACCGAAGAUGAUAUUUCAGCAGGUGGGAGCACAGAGCAAUCCUUGGCUACGGAUGAUCAAAAUGCGAACGAUGAGGGCAAACUGAGUGGGGAAGGGAAGGAUGCUCACUAUGAUGAUCAUCUUACACCAGCAGAGAAACGAUACAUAGAACAGAGGGAGCAGCUUGAUGUUCAUAGGUUGGCCAAGAUCUCCAACAAAUCUCACCGCGAUAGGAUUCAGGAUUUCAACCAAUAUCUUGCAAACAUGAGCGAGCAUUAUGAUAUUCCUAAAGUUGGUCCCGGAUAGUAUGAAGGCCAACAACCCCUAUUGUUUAGUAUUGAUACCAUGUGUUGUGUGUGUACUAUCAUUACAGAACCAUGUUUAUCUCGCUUAAGCGGUAUUUCAGAUGAUAUACUUCGGUUUCUUUGCUUUUAAUGGAGUAUUAAUGUUAUUGCCUUCGAUGAAAUUCCCAUUGAA